CUCGCGCAUGCGCCUCCACUUGAAUGAUGAAGCGACUUUGAUGGAGAUCAAUAUGCCAUGGCUGGUUGGCUGGGUAUAAGAAAAGAAUGGAGAUGUCCUCCGCAUUUCUGCUCCCGGCUAUCCUGGUCUUCGUCCUCGUUCUCCUAGUAGUAUUGCUAUUGCCGACAACAUUGACGCAGAAAAAGAAGCAACAGCAGCUAUUUCCACUGUCCAAAAUAUUGAUACCUCACUUCUACUUCAAACAACAACAACCGUAUCAACUACACCAACAGAUUGCUGCCUCUAUAUUCUUCCCAUUUGCUGUUUAGCAGUUUUCGCCUACCAAUUUCUCAUUGAUAUCUUUUCUGCACUUAAUCUAAUCCUUUUCCCCCUCGUUAACUUCAUGUUUUGUCAUUUCUAAUUAUUUGCUUCCACCGAUUCUUAUUUGGCACCUCUUUUACUCCUUGGCGAAACUAAAUGUUUUUUUAUGUUUGUUAUUCGCUUUGUUAAUAUUAUAAGUACAACAUGACACUAUACUUGCUUUAUGACAAUAUAUAGUUUUGUUUAAUACUUAAUAUUAUUCUUACUACUAACUUCAGCAUUGUAAGCUAUAUAUAAUAAUAAUAUACUCGAUGAAAGUAGUCAUAUAAACACCAUUAAGAAGAGAAAAAAAUUAUUUGCAGUCUUCAAUAAUAUAUUUAGGAGCUAAAGCUCAGAAUAUAACGAGUAAAAAGUUACAUAUAUAAUAUGCUAUUUACCUUAUUAAUUAGACAUAUGUAAGCCGUACGCGAGCAAUUGCAGAAUAGCGAGGCAAAAUUAAAGAAAGAGCACUUGUUUCUUAUUGUUUUGUAAUAUCAACAGUUUGAUAUUAUCUACAUAGAAUUAAAAUUAUCUUAUAAUUUAUCAAACUAUUUUCUAUAGUUUACGAUAAAUUAUCCUACGCACUAACUUUACAUUAGUAAAUUCUUGCAAAUAUUGUUCAACUAUAUUGUAUUCUAAACUAUCGCUUUCUUCGUUUAUGUUUUUUCUUUCUGAACGGAAGGGGGAAAAUAGUUAUAAAAUAAAAUAGAAAGAGGAGAUAACAUAAAUUGAUGUUGCAAUUAACCGUAUUCCAGUAUCCUUUUAAUUUACAUUCUCAAUUUUAGGCUGUGACUUUCGUAUUUACACGCACCCACACACGUGUAUAUAUAUAUAUAUAUAUAUAUAGGUGUGUGUGUAUAUAUAUAUAUAUAUAUAUAUAUAUAAUGUGCAUAGGUUUAAGGAAAGACAUAAUACCUGAACACACACAUAUAUAAUAUCUAUAUCUAUCUAUAUUUAUAUAUACACACACAAACACACACACAUGGAAGGAUAUAAAUAUGUGUGUGUGUUACGUAUAUACCGUUAAGUGGUUCUCUCUCAGUGACAAGCUGAACUGACGAGAAAGUACAGUAGUCUCGCUUUGCCAGCAACACUUGCUGGUUACUUUCUAUGGGUGGGUAGCUAAAUUAUUAUUAUUUGUAAUUGUAACAUACAUACAUAUUAAUUUCUCUCUACGUAUAGUUUAAUUUUUUGGCGAGCUUUUUUUUUUUUACUUCUUAAAAAGAAAAUAAAAAAAAAAAACCCUCAUGACCAAGGGACAGAAAAAAAGAGGGAAAUCUAAAGACUAUCUCUUAUUCAAACCCAUUAAGAGAAUAAAAAUUAAAGGUGAUAAAUAUAUUUAAUUAAUCAAGACUUUUUAAAAAACACAGAACAUAUUUUAAACCAAAGAAGCGAGGAAUAGUGGAGUGGAAAAGCAAUUUUUUUAAAAAAUACAAACGAACCAACAAAAAUACCAAGAAGAGAUAAAAUAUAACAUAAGAAAACAACUAUGGAUCCAGAUAUGGGGGAGACUGUGUAUGGAACCCAAGAGGAAGGACACGUUAUGUCGGAGAAGGUGCAGACACUGGCAGCUAGCGUCUACAAGGAGUUCGAACGGAUGAUCAAAAAAUAUGACGAGGACGUUGUCAAAGAACUGAUGCCGUUGGUGGUUGGCAUUCUGGAGAGUUUAGAUAAUGCAUUCUCAGACAAGCAACAAAUAGAGGUCGAGUUAGAACUGUUGCGAGAUGAUAAUGAACAGCUUUUAACACAAUACGAAAGGGAAAAACAGCUACGCAAGGCUGCAGAACAGAAAUUCUUUGAAGUUGAAGAUGCAAUUGAAGGAGAGAAAAAAGAACUUCAAGACAAGGUUGAAAGCUUGGAAUCUAUUGUGAGAAUGUUAGAACUAAAGGCCAAAAAUUCAGCAGAUCAUGUUUCUCGUUUGGAGGACAAAGAGGCAGAAAUGAAGAAAGAAUACAGCAAACUACAUGAGAGAUAUACUGAGUUGUUCCGAACUCAUAUGGAUUAUAUGGAACGUGCUAAAAUUGUGAUGGGCACAGACAGACUUGCUGAUCUUGCCAAUAGUCCUCGCGUAAAAAGUGGCUUCCAAUUACCAAACUUACGACCCGUCAAUGUUAAUAUCUAUGGCGGGGCAGGAGACACACCAACAAAGAGUGAAAACAGCCCUGUUGGUUUCGAUGUGACAUCACCAGGACGUCCUCACUCUUCGAAUACAAGUCUUAAAAGUGAGCUUAGUGAUGCUGAGUCACCAGAGAAAAUAUCUAAUCGCUUAAGUAAGAGUAUAGAGGUGGAAUGUAAAACCCAAACGACGGAGAAAAGUCAAGUAACUGAUGCAAUAGAUGUCCGGGAAUCAGGAACUGCAACGACUUUGCUUUGCUCACUAGAAAUUGCUGAUACAGGUUCAAAAACAGUAGACGCUGGGAAGCAACCUGUUCCUCAAAAUGAAACCACAGCUGUCACAGUAGAUUCUGAGAAGGUUCAAACAGAAAAAUCAGCUGAAGUCAGUGCGGUGGAUGAUAAACCUUCAGAGGUUGAAAAGCAACCUGCUGCAAAUGAUACGAUGCCAGUGAGGGUUCCAGAAGAAAUCAAAACAGCUGCCCCAGUAAAGAACAAAACUGCCUUGAAAUUGAACGAACCUUUACCUCCACUUGUAUUAGACCGUACACCAAAUGCUAUAAUUCCAAACACACCUGAGCUUGAUGAACCUGCAGAAGCUCUAAGCCAAGCUAAUGCAGCAAAUAAAAAGAACGUCAAAAUAAAUAAUGAAUCUAUAUACAAUGAGUUUGCAAUGCAAGAUUCAGAUCUCAUAGGUGAUGUUGACUUUGGUGCUGAUAUAACUGGUAGUGCAGUCAAUCCUGGAGAAUAUGCUUCCUCAGAAAGUGAUAAGGAAAAUGACAGAGAGUCUACUGUGAGCGACAACUUUUUCGGUAUGGGUAAAGAACUUGAAAACUUGAUUCUAGAGAACACUGAAUUAUUGGCUACUAAAAAUGCUUUGAAUGUUGUAAAAGAUGACCUUAUUGCCAAAGUUGAUGAACUUACCAGUGAACAUGAAAUUAUGCGCGAGGAAAUCAAUUCUCUACAAACAGUAAAAUCACGUCAAAUACAGCGCAUCUCAGAAUUAGAAGAUAACUUAAAGAAAGUGAAAGAAGAAUUAGAGAAAAAAUCUCAGGUUGCUCAAGCUGAUGAAGAAGAUGAUAUUCCAAUGGCUCAGAGGAAACGGUUCACACGUGUUGAGAUGGCACGGGUAUUGAUGGAACGCAAUCAAUACAAAGAACGUCUUAUGGAACUACAAGAAGCAGUCAGAUGGACAGAAAUGAUCCGUGCUUCAAGAGAACAUCCAGAUUUAGCUCCAACCAAGAAGAAGUCCUCUAUUUGGAAUUUUUUCAGCAAUCUGUUUAACACCUCCAAUAAGCCUAGCAAGAAACCACUGCCAGUCGCUACCGUACGAUACAAUGCUCCAACCACCCAUGUCCAACCAGUCGGAGACCCCAACAAAAAGCAACGUAGCAAGUAUAACUUGGGAGAAAAGGCAAAAGCCUAUGAAUUUUUACAAGACGAAGGAGUUGUCAGAGAGCAAAACCAAAUGAUUUGUGAUGAUGGAAGAAUGCAUGCAUAUGGAUGGAGUCUUCCAGCUAAAUCCCAACCAACAAUUCCCCGUGAAAUACACAACAAAAGCCACGUACCUGUCCCUGUACCAAUAUAUUGCAGACCAUUAUUAGAGAAAGAACCAGGCUUGAAGAUAUGGUGUGCUGCUGGUGUAAAUUUGACAGGUGGCAGGACAAAAGAUGGCGGUUCCAUUGUUGGAGCCAGUGUUUUCUAUUCUAAUCCACCAUCUGAAGAACUAGAAAAAAAGAAAGAAACCAAAGAUGAGAUUGAAAAGUUAAAUGAAGAACUCAAGGUUUGUGCCUAUGAUUUGGAAUGUUGCUUGGAACAUGAGAAGAACCUAAAGCAAACUGAGAAAGAACAGAUGUCAUCAUUUGUGUGGAUUUGUACCAGCACUCAGCCAUCCAGUAGGGUUACAGUUAUUGAUGCUAACAAUCCUGGAGAUAUAUUGGAAACCUUCAAAGUCACAUCCUCACAUAUCUUAUGUAUAGCCAGUGUUCCAGGUGCCAUGGAGUCUGACUACCCAGUGGAAGAGGACAUUCUGAAAGCUGAUGCCUCUUCUCCUCACACCAAUCCACCCUCGUCACCAGGUGGGUCCGGUAGCACUAACUCAGACAGUGGUAUAGGUGGUAUAACAUUUGUACAAUGUGCAACUGGUGCUGCUAGUAGAACGACCAGCAAAAGUUCUUCACCCACUGAUUCACCGGCUCUAAGAGAGAGCAGUCCUGAUGGCAGAUCUUCAUUGGAAACUGUCAAAGAAGCUGUUAAAACUCUGAAAGAAAAAGUUGAUGACACUAAAGAGGGUGACGAUAUCCCUGAAGAUCGAGGAAAUCCUGAAGGCAGUGAGUCAGUUGAUGCCCAAGGUUCAUUGAUAAAAGCAACUGGAUCACCAGCAUCGUCUGGCACUACUACACCAACGUCGAGUCCUUCACUGGGUCUUGAAAAACGUCUUCUCCAAGAACCGACGGAACUUGUGAAAGAUGGCAUUUCCACUCUCCCGACUGAUAAUGAUUUGCAAUAUGAAGAAGUCGAAAAAAUGAGCAGUGUCUUACCUACAAUGUGGCUGGGCUCACAAAGUGGCAAUUUGUAUGUACAUUCAUCCGUGUCACAAUGGAAACGAUGCCUGCAUUCUGUGAAACUUCCAGACUCUGUGUUAAAUAUUGUGCACACCAAAGGCAGAGUCCUAGUAGCAUUAGCAGAUGGAUCUGUGGCAAUAUUCCAUAGAGCUUCAGAUGGCCAAUGGGACUUGAAGAACUACCAUCUUUUGGAUUUAGGAAAACCAACACAUUCGAUACGAUGUAUGGUCCUUGUUGCAAACAAACUUGUAUGGUGUGGCUGCAAGAACAGUAUCCAUGUAGUGGAUCCUCAGAAUAUGAAAGUAGUUAAAAGUUUUGAUGCUCAUCCUCGGAAAGAAAGCCAAGUGCGGCAACUUGCAUGGGUUGGUGAUGGUGUUUGGGUGUCCAUAAGACUAGAUAGCACUCUUAGGUUGUAUCAUGCCUAUACUUACCAGCACCUACAGGAUGUAGACAUUGAACCAUAUGUUAGUAAAAUGCUUGGUACCGGUAAACUUGGAUUUUCAUUUGUGAGAAUCACGUCUUUGUUGAUCUCUUGUAAUCGGUUAUGGAUAGGAACCGGUAAUGGUGUCAUUAUAUCAGUUCCACUCUCAGAAAGUUCUUUCUCAACAGCAUCUUAUUCGCACCAGGUGUGCUGGAAAUUACUUGGUAACAAGCAACCAGUAAGUACAGGUAGUCACCCAAACCGUCCUGGUAAUGUUAUCAGGGUAUACAGUGAUAGCAAAGGAGAUAAUAUUACACCUGGUACUUUCAUUCCUUACUGCUCCAUGGCACAGGCACAACUUUCGUUUCAUGGACACAGAGAUGCCGUCAAGUUUUUCGUGGCAGUUCCAGGAUCUCCAGUGAAAGGAAUUAGUGCUGCUAGUGUUGAUAGUGAGGGUACAAACAAAAACGUCAGAGAAGCUACACCUGUUGUACAUUCACUGGCGAAAUUGGUAAUUUCUGGAGGAGAAGGAUACAUUGAUUUUCGUACUGGUGAUGGAGAAGAAGACGAUUCAAACCAAGAUGAGGCAAAGAAAAGUUGCUUAAACCGAGGUGAACGCAGCCAUCUGAUUGUUUGGCAGGUUACUUGUCCUGAUUAAUAAUGCUCAUUAAGUGAAACACAGACUAUCCACUUUCAUAGGAGAAGCCACUGGGAAACACCACAACAUACAACAAAUGUACUCGCCCAGACAGUGCAAUGGAAAAAACAUACAACAUCUAGAGUACUUCUCUUUCAGACAGACCAACACUGUGGGGGUGGGAACCCUUCCCUCUAACAAAACACACACACACACAUAUAUACAAACACAUGGUAUCCCUUUUCGGAUCAAUACAGUGGGGGAAAAGAAAAUGAAUGAAAAACAUAUACAAUACACUUUGUCCACUUUCAGACCAGCCCAGUGGAGGGAGUGGAAGGAAACAUUAUAACAUGCAAUGUCCAUUUCCAGACCAACUAAAUAAUGGAACGAUAUAGCUUAAAGAAUCCACUUUCAGACUACUUAAUGGAAAAUAAAAGCAAAAUUAUACACAAGUAUAAAUACAUA